UUUAUUAAACAGAGAAAUGUUAUGUUGAACAUCUCUGUUUUCUUCUGUUAUCAAUGCGAAAUGAAUCUCUAUGGUUAAAGAAGCAGCAUAUAAACGUAAACAAAGCUAUUUUUACUAAUUUCCGGGACAAAAUUGCAAAUUUUUGUAUUUUUAUUAAAUAUAUUAAAGAAAUAUUAACACAAAAUGGCUAAACAUCAUCCAGAUUUGAUUUUCUGUCGUAAACAACCGGGAGUAGCCAUUGGCCGCUUGUGUGAGAAAUGUGAUGGCAAGUGUGUGAUAUGUGAUUCGUAUGUAAGACCCUGUACUUUGGUGCGUAUCUGUGACGAAUGCAAUUAUGGUUCUUAUCAGGGACGAUGUGUGAUCUGUGGUGGACCCGGUGUUUCUGAUGCUUAUUAUUGCAAAGAGUGUACCACACAGGAAAAAGAUCGUGACGGCUGUCCGAAAAUUGUUAAUCUGGGCAGUUCUAAAACAGAUCUGUUCUAUGAACGGAAAAAAUACGGGUUUAAGCAAAACUAUUAGCAUUUACUUGUUCUAUAUCAUAUCUUACAAUAAGGCUUCAAGAGUUAUUAAGCAUUUUGAAACGAAUGGAAAUUAUUCAAAAUUUGGAAUUUUUGCUUUCAAAUCGGGAUUUAGAGUACUCUUUUUCAUAAUAAAAAAAAUACUUGAUUUACUUUGUAGUUUAUUUUACAUAUUGAAAUAAUAAAGUAGUUAUGGAAUUAUAUGUUA